AUGUUACAACUAGUUACGGCAACUUGUUCAGAGCAGUUCUUGCAUGACACUGUGCUUUUUGAGCCCCCUGAAUCUGGCCUGCCAGCUGGAUUGUUGGCCUCACCAUCGUUGGUGCAGGAACUUUGUGUUUAUGUUGUCAGUUUACCAUCAGGGGUUACGGAGGUUAAAACUAUCUCUGCUACCGUUAACGUGCAGGUCUCUCAUGAGUUGCCUACGGUUGAAGAGCAGAUAAAGGCUACUGAUUUGUCUGUGUUGUCACUGGAGGAUCAAGAACGUGUUCAGGCUCUGCUCUGGCAGUACCAGUCGGUGUUUUCUGUACAUGAGGGGGAUUUGGGGUGUACUACCCUGUUGUCGCAUGAGAUCCCACUGAUGGAUGAUACCCCAGUUCGGCAGCGGUACCGUCGAAUACCCCCAUCGGAGUAUGAGGUGGUAAAGGCCCAUAUCAAUAUGUUGUUGGAGGCUAAGGUGAUACGCGAGAGUUGUAGCCCUUACGCAUCCCCUAUAGUUCUUGUCAAGAAAAAGGACGGUAGUCUGCGGAUGUGCGUAGACUACCGUCAGUUGAAUGCGAGAACUAGAAAGGAUGCGUUUCCUCUUCCUCGUAUUGAGGAGUCAUUAGAUUCACUGACAGGGGCCCGUUGGUUUUCCACCAUGGAUUUAGCUAGCGGAUACAAUCAGGUCCCUGUCAGUGAACAAGAUCGGCUUAAGACUGCAUUUUGUACGCCAUUCGGCUUAUUUGAAUGGAAUCGCAUGCCUUUUGGCCUUUGCAACGCACCUAGUACGUUUCAGCGUUUAAUGCAGCGUUUAUUCGGUGAUCAACAGUGUCAGUCAUUGUUACUGUAUCUGGAUGAUAUUGUAAUUUUUUCAUCUUCAGUCAAACAACAUCUGGAACGACUGGAGCUUGUUUUGAGUAGGUUGCAGUGCGAAGGUCUUAAGGCAAAGUUAGAGAAAUGCGCUUUCUUUCGUUCGGAAGUCACAUAUUUGGGUCAUGUGAUUUCAGCCGAUGGUGUUUCCACCGACCCCAAGAAGAUUGAGGCUGUGGCCCAGUGGCCACAACCUACUAGUGUGUCAGAACUUCGCUCCUUCUUGGGCUUUGCGAGUUAUUACCGCCGUUUUGUGGAGGGGUUUGCUAAAUUGGCAGCCCCUCUACAUCGGCUGGUUGCAGAGUUUGGUGGCACAAAGUCUCGGAAGAGAGCAGAGCCAGGUUUUGCAAGUGGCUGGACUACCCACUGUCAGAGAAGUUUUGAGAGUUUGAAGGGUAAGCUCAUUUCUGCUCCGGUGCUCUGUUAUGCAGAUUUUUCCCUCCCUUUUAUUUUGGAGGUGGACGCUAGCCUGGGUGGGUUAGGUGCAGUCCUUUCCCAGGAGCAGGGUGGCAAAGUAAGACCUGUGGCAUAUGCAAGCCGUGGCCUAAGACCCACAGAACGUAAUAUGUCAAACUAUAGUUCUAUGAAACUAGAGUUUCUGGCAUUAAAGUGGGCCAUGGCUGAGAAAUUUAGAGAAUAUCUAUUAGGCCAUAAAUGUGUGGUGUAUACUGAUAACAAUCCUCUCAGCCAUCUGACCUCAGCUAAAUUGGGGGCUACAGAGCAGCGCUGGGCAUCACAGCUUGCUUGUUUUGAUUUUGAAGUUAAGUAUCGGCCUGGGAGGUGUAAUAAGAAUGCAGACGCCUUGUCUCGUCAGAAUCCACCCGUACUGGAAGUGGCAGGUAGCCUGUUCCCAGGUACAGGGGUUCCCGCUUCGGUACGUCAGGCUGUCGCUGUACCAUUGGCUCCUGUUGCUUGUCAGGCCAUGGUGACUGCCUUACCGGGUCAUUCACUUGAUCAUAUCGGGGGCUUACAAGAGGCUGACCCAGUAAUCGGUGAGAUUCUGGGGUUUUGGAGAAAGCAAGAGUUCCCUGGGCCUCUUGAGCGGCGGCAGCUUUCACAGGCUGCUCUAAUUCUUCUUCGGCAGUGGGACCGCCUGGUGGAAAAGCAGGGAGUGAUUUAUCGUCGAAUUUUUCGUCCUGAUGGUGGGGAUGAGAUUUUGCAAGUAGUUCUACCUUCUGUACUGCAGCGUGACGUGUUGCAAGGGUUGCAUCAAGAACACGGGCACCAGGGCAUUGAACGCACUACUGAGUUAGUGCGUCAGCGGUGUUAUUGGCCUGGUAUGACAGCCAAGGUGGCACGAUGGGUUCAGGAGUGUGAACGAUGUCAAGUGGCCAAAGACACUGAACCGGCUGCCCGUAGUUUUAUGGGACAUUUGCUAGCGUCCCGGCCAAAUGAAAUCUUGGCCAUCGAUUUCACGUUGCUUGAAGCCUCUCGUUCAGGCUUGGAGAAUGUUCUUGUAAUGACGGAUGUGUUUACGAAGUUCACUCUUGCUGUCCCUACUAGGGAUCAACGGGCCGAGACUGUAGCACAAGUGCUGGUGUGUGAAUGGUUCUAUAAGUUUGGGGUACCUGUACGAAUUCAUUCUGACCAGGGCCGAAACUUUGAGUCCCUUCUGAUCCAGCAAUUGUGUAAGCUUUAUGGGGUUGAGAAGUCUCGCACUACACCAUACCACCCAGCUGGUAAUGGUCAGUGUGAGCGCUUCAAUAGAACAUUGCAUAACUUAUUGCGCACCUUACCAGUUUCAAGGAAAAGAGACUGGGUGUCAUGCCUCCCUCAGGUGCUCUUUUCAUAUAAUACCACUCCACACCAGGCCACAGGUGAGUCCCCACACUUCCUUAUGUUUGGUCAGGAGCCGCGGCUCCCCAUCGAUUUCCUGUUGGGCAGAGUGUCUGAGCCAGUGGCAGGUGAGGUGCAUGAGUGGAUUAUGGAGCACCAGACACGGUUACAAGUAGCCUUUGAUGGGGCAAGAGAUCGUUUAAAGGUAGCCGCUGAUCGUCGGAAAACAUCUUUUGAUCUGCGGGUCCAUGACGCACCACUUGAGCAAGGGCAGCUGGUUUAUCUCCGGGAAUGUGGAAGGCAGGGCCGACACAAGAUUCAGGACUUGUGGAGCUCUGUGGUGUAUAGGGUGAUAGAAGCGCCUAGGGUAGGUGGCUCGGUUUAUACUAUUGCACCGGUGGAUGACGGGGGUAAGAUCAAGCGGGUUCACCGGUCAUUGUUAAAAGUUCAGGUUCAAGGGAGCCCUGUUCAAAUACCCCGUGUCGCUCAUGUGGUUGAACCAGAACAGAGUUUACAGGAUAGUUUGGAUGAGGUGGACUUGUGGGUAGCCUUGCCAGAGUCAUCUCAGGCAACUUGCGUUCCUGUCCCUUUUGAAGGGUCAGUUGUGUGUGAGGGAGCUGUGGCUAUAAAUGGGCCAGGUCCUCCUUGCGAGGUGGAAAUAAGUCAAGGUUCAUCACUAGACUUGUCAGUUCUGAGUCAGCCGCGAGAGGCUGAGGUUUUGCCUCGUAAGUCAAGGAGGCCAACAGCUGGCCAACAUUCAAAUGUUCAUCAUUUGCCCAGAGCAGUUGGAGAAGCUGCAGAAUGCAUUAGGGUGCCCUCUGGUGCAAUGUCUAGUGCAGUUUUAGCUGUUUUUAGGCCAUGGGAUUGUGUUGCAGAGGCUCCCGCCACCGUGUCCCAACCCGUGAGUGCUGGUGCCACCUCAGCUGAGAGGUUUGUGUUUGUACCUCGUGAUCGGCGAUGUCCAAAAUUUAACGGCCGGGCUGGCAUCAGCAUUGACGAAUGGGUUGAGGAAGUUCAGGCGUGUAUGCAGGAACUUUGUGUUUAUGUUGUCAGUUUACCAUCAGGGGUUACGGAGGUUAAAACUAUCUCUGCUACCGUUAACGUGCAGGUCUCUCAUGAGUUGCCUACGGUUGAAGAGCAGAUAAAGGCUACUGAUUUGUCUGUGUUGUCACUGGAGGAUCAAGAACGUGUUCAGGCUCUGCUCUGGCAGUACCAGUCGGUGUUUUCUGUACAUGAGGGGGAUUUGGGGUGUACUACCCUGUUGUCGCAUGAGAUCCCACUGAUGGAUGAUACCCCAGUUCGGCAGCGGUACCGUCGAAUACCCCCAUCGGAGUAUGAGGUGGUAAAGGCCCAUAUCAAUAUGUUGUUGGAGGCUAAGGUGAUACGCGAGAGUUGUAGCCCUUACGCAUCCCCUAUAGUUCUUGUCAAGAAAAAGGACGGUAGUCUGCGGAUGUGCGUAGACUACCGUCAGUUGAAUGCGAGAACUAGAAAGGAUGCGUUUCCUCUUCCUCGUAUUGAGGAGUCAUUAGAUUCACUGACAGGGGCCCGUUGGUUUUCCACCAUGGAUUUAGCUAGCGGAUACAAUCAGGUCCCUGUCAGUGAACAAGAUCGGCUUAAGACUGCAUUUUGUACGCCAUUCGGCUUAUUUGAAUGGAAUCGCAUGCCUUUUGGCCUUUGCAACGCACCUAGUACGUUUCAGCGUUUAAUGCAGCGUUUAUUCGGUGAUCAACAGUGUCAGUCAUUGUUACUGUAUCUGGAUGAUAUUGUAAUUUUUUCAUCUUCAGUCAAACAACAUCUGGAACGACUGGAGCUUGUUUUGAGUAGGUUGCAGUGCGAAGGUCUUAAGGCAAAGUUAGAGAAAUGCGCUUUCUUUCGUUCGGAAGUCACAUAUUUGGGUCAUGUGAUUUCAGCCGAUGGUGUUUCCACCGACCCCAAGAAGAUUGAGGCUGUGGCCCAGUGGCCACAACCUACUAGUGUGUCAGAACUUCGCUCCUUCUUGGGCUUUGCGAGUUAUUACCGCCGUUUUGUGGAGGGGUUUGCUAAAUUGGCAGCCCCUCUACAUCGGCUGGUUGCAGAGUUUGGUGGCACAAAGUCUCGGAAGAGAGCAGAGCCAGGUUUUGCAAGUGGCUGGACUACCCACUGUCAGAGAAGUUUUGAGAGUUUGAAGGGUAAGCUCAUUUCUGCUCCGGUGCUCUGUUAUGCAGAUUUUUCCCUCCCUUUUAUUUUGGAGGUGGACGCUAGCCUGGGUGGGUUAGGUGCAGUCCUUUCCCAGGAGCAGGGUGGCAAAGUAAGACCUGUGGCAUAUGCAAGCCGUGGCCUAAGACCCACAGAACGUAAUAUGUCAAACUAUAGUUCUAUGAAACUAGAGUUUCUGGCAUUAAAGUGGGCCAUGGCUGAGAAAUUUAGAGAAUAUCUAUUAGGCCAUAAAUGUGUGGUGUAUACUGAUAACAAUCCUCUCAGCCAUCUGACCUCAGCUAAAUUGGGGGCUACAGAGCAGCGCUGGGCAUCACAGCUUGCUUGUUUUGAUUUUGAAGUUAAGUAUCGGCCUGGGAGGUGUAAUAAGAAUGCAGACGCCUUGUCUCGUCAGAAUCCACCCGUACUGGAAGUGGCAGGUAGCCUGUUCCCAGGUACAGGGGUUCCCGCUUCGGUACGUCAGGCUGUCGCUGUACCAUUGGCUCCUGUUGCUUGUCAGGCCAUGGUGACUGCCUUACCGGGUCAUUCACUUGAUCAUAUCGGGGGCUUACAAGAGGCUGACCCAGUAAUCGGUGAGAUUCUGGGGUUUUGGAGAAAGCAAGAGUUCCCUGGGCCUCUUGAGCGGCGGCAGCUUUCACAGGCUGCUCUAAUUCUUCUUCGGCAGUGGGACCGCCUGGUGGAAAAGCAGGGAGUGAUUUAUCGUCGAAUUUUUCGUCCUGAUGGUGGGGAUGAGAUUUUGCAAGUAGUUCUACCUUCUGUACUGCAGCGUGACGUGUUGCAAGGGUUGCAUCAAGAACACGGGCACCAGGGCAUUGAACGCACUACUGAGUUAGUGCGUCAGCGGUGUUAUUGGCCUGGUAUGACAGCCAAGGUGGCACGAUGGGUUCAGGAGUGUGAACGAUGUCAAGUGGCCAAAGACACUGAACCGGCUGCCCGUAGUUUUAUGGGACAUUUGCUAGCGUCCCGGCCAAAUGAAAUCUUGGCCAUCGAUUUCACGUUGCUUGAAGCCUCUCGUUCAGGCUUGGAGAAUGUUCUUGUAAUGACGGAUGUGUUUACGAAGUUCACUCUUGCUGUCCCUACUAGGGAUCAACGGGCCGAGACUGUAGCACAAGUGCUGGUGUGUGAAUGGUUCUAUAAGUUUGGGGUACCUGUACGAAUUCAUUCUGACCAGGGCCGAAACUUUGAGUCCCUUCUGAUCCAGCAAUUGUGUAAGCUUUAUGGGGUUGAGAAGUCUCGCACUACACCAUACCACCCAGCUGGUAAUGGUCAGUGUGAGCGCUUCAAUAGAACAUUGCAUAACUUAUUGCGCACCUUACCAGUUUCAAGGAAAAGAGACUGGGUGUCAUGCCUCCCUCAGGUGCUCUUUUCAUAUAAUACCACUCCACACCAGGCCACAGGUGAGUCCCCACACUUCCUUAUGUUUGGUCAGGAGCCGCGGCUCCCCAUCGAUUUCCUGUUGGGCAGAGUGUCUGAGCCAGUGGCAGGUGAGGUGCAUGAGUGGAUUAUGGAGCACCAGACACGGUUACAAGUAGCCUUUGAUGGGGCAAGAGAUCGUUUAAAGGUAGCCGCUGAUCGUCGGAAAACAUCUUUUGAUCUGCGGGUCCAUGACGCACCACUUGAGCAAGGGCAGCUGGUUUAUCUCCGGGAAUGUGGAAGGCAGGGCCGACACAAGAUUCAGGACUUGUGGAGCUCUGUGGUGUAUAGGGUGAUAGAAGCGCCUAGGGUAGGUGGCUCGGUUUAUACUAUUGCACCGGUGGAUGACGGGGGUAAGAUCAAGCGGGUUCACCGGUCAUUGUUAAAAGUUCAGGUUCAAGGGAGCCCUGUUCAAAUACCCCGUGUCGCUCAUGUGGUUGAACCAGAACAGAGUUUACAGGAUAGUUUGGAUGAGGUGGACUUGUGGGUAGCCUUGCCAGAGUCAUCUCAGGCAACUUGCGUUCCUGUCCCUUUUGAAGGGUCAGUUGUGUGUGAGGGAGCUGUGGCUAUAAAUGGGCCAGGUCCUCCUUGCGAGGUGGAAAUAAGUCAAGGUUCAUCACUAGACUUGUCAGUUCUGAGUCAGCCGCGAGAGGCUGAGGUUUUGCCUCGUAAGUCAAGGAGGCCAACAGCUGGCCAACAUUCAAAUGUUCAUCAUUUGCCCAGAGCAGUUGGAGAAGCUGCAGAAUGCAUUAGGGUGCCCUCUGGUGCAAUGUCUAGUGCAGUUUUAGCUGUUUUUAGGCCAUGGGAUUGACUCCAGGUUUGGGAUUUAUCGUCGGGGCGACGAUUUAUAAUGUGGGGGUGGAAUGUAGCAGGGUGAAGUGUUACCGGUGUUGAUUAUUGGCUAGUGUCAUGUGAAAACGUUGAGCCUAUCAGCAGUCUGCUGUCACGAUAUAAAAAGAGGACGUUUUUGUCACUUGGGAUGCGUUGUCACCCGUACCGCCCCUUUACGGAAGUUGGCACUUAUGAAUGGGAGAGUAUCUGGAGUGCCGCCUCUGCGUUCUGCUGCUGUGUAGGCUGCCCCUGGCUUUGAGCUCGUCAAUGAACAAACUACUGCAUGUUAUCGUUAGCGACUGUGCAUAGUACCGUGUUAUGAACAUCUUCCGGUAUGUAUGAGGGCUAUUUGUAUGGUUUGCCUCUUUCUUUUUGUUGUUUUAUUAGUAAUUGUUCUGUUUCAUGUUCGACAGAUUGAGUGACAGGAUCAAGGGUUUCACCUUUAUAUUAUGAGACAAGAUGCGCGUCUAUUGAUGUAACGCACUGCUGCCUUGCCUGGGCUGAUUCCGGUCGUCUUUUUGUUGGAGUGAACUUUUUUUCUUUUUUUGGCGAGCCUGGACGAUUCCUCGCCAAAGAGUGAAAGUAAAAGCGUGGCUGUUUCUCGUUUGCCCUGUGAGUGUGCGGGCGAUCGUGGCCUCACUUAUUUUUGUGAACUGACUGUGUACUUUUUUUGUUCUCUUUUUAUUUUACUUUUUUUUUAUUUCUGUCCUAAGGAAGGUGUAUAGAGGAGGGGUUAGCCGCUGUUUAACGGGGUUCACGUUGAGUGUUGUGCUUAUUGUGUGACCUUACUUCACCAGAGUGUGUGUGUGGGUAUUAAGCGUGUUGUGUGUGUGUGUGUGUGUGUGUGAAUUGAGGGUCACAGCAGGCCAUCUCCCUCCCUUAAGCUUUCUUGUGUAUUUGUAUUAUGUUGUAUCCAUUUUUUUUAUUUAUUGAAGUGUUGUAAAGUGUUUAUUUUUUUCUUUUGUUGACACGUGAAUAUUUAGCCCUUGAUGGUAAUGUAUUGAUGAUUUUAAAUUUUGUAUUGAAUAAAGCUGCUUCCUUUUUUUGUACUCCCAG